GAAAUUUUGGGGGAACUGUCCAAGAAGAACAAGAUGGCUGUCCCCGGACAAGAAAAACAUCUUCGCUUUUUCACUUAAACACGACUUUUUAGUUAUUGGGAUCAGUUUCGCGGUUCUUUCAAACUACUUUAUCCACUUUUUGGGAACUAUUUUAAACCAAAUAUAUUGUUUCUCUGAGACUGGGAUGAAGAAAGUUUUCAAACGAUUCUUACUGGACCAGCAGUGAUGUAGUCUUUACUUAAACUCGUUUAAUAAUCAGUGUAUUUUAUAGCUAAAUUACUUAAUUUUAUGUCAAAUACUCCUAAUUGAUCAGUCCUUGUAGUUUUAGAUUUUUAUCCUCGUUUUGGGGAUAACCGUUCACUUUCCGAUGGUCGGAACCGUUCGGAGCAGCUAACCGGACCACCAUGAGUUCGUCUCGAGUCAGACCCCAAAGCCAGUCCGGCAGGUCGGCCCAAGGACCGGACUCCAGCGAGGGGAUAGAGAUGGAGAACAUCCAGCACCAAGACUUGGGUCUCGGAGGGGUGAUAGGCACCCCGUCUCCACCGUCCAGGCAAGCGUGGAGCCGCGACAACCCGGUGUUCGAGCCGGAGGAAGAGAUCAUGGAGGCGGACUGGCCUCAAGCGAGUCCCGGGAGAAGGUCGGUGUCCACGGCCUCCAGCGGCAGCAGCAGCUACAACCGCAGGGGCAGCAGCGCCCAGAUCCCCCGAGGAGGACUCUACCCUACCCCGACCCCAACCAUAAACGCCCGGCAGCAGGACAGACAUGAGCACCGCAGCUGUUUGAAGCAGAUUCUGCAGAAAAUCAGAAUUUUGUGGGGAACUGAGCUGAUGGAGGACAGCGACAGCAGCAGAGAACGCUACCUCAGAAACGUCUUGAGGGAAAUGCUCACAUAUGUCGGCUUCCUCAUCACUGUUUGCGUUUUGACGUAUGGGAUGGUGAACUCCAACAUGUACUAUUACACCAAAGUUAUGUCUCAGCUGUUCCUGGACACGACUCUGUCUCCUGGGGACCAAACUACAUUUAGGAGCCUCUCCACCAUGGAGGACUUCUGGAAGUUCACACAGGGGCCCUUCCUUGGUGGGAUGUACUGGGACGUUUGGUACAACAACAACAGCCUGCCAGAGAAUCGGAGCUUCAUCUUCUAUGAGAAUCUCCUCCUCGGCGUACCGCGACUCCGGCAGGUCAAGGUCCGCAAUGAGUCCUGCUCUGUCCACGAGGACCUGAGGGACGAGGUUCAGGACUGCUAUAACAUGUACACCCCCAGCAACGAGGACACCGCCCCCUUUGGUCCAAAGAAUGGAACAGCGUGGGUGUACACCACAGAGAGUGAGAUGAAUAGCAGCAGUCACUGGGGGCAGGUGUCUAAGUAUGGAGGUGGAGGCUACUACCAGGACUUGUCCCGAACAAAAGAGGAGUCAUCCAACCGUCUGCAGUUCCUGAAAGACCACCUGUGGCUGGACAGAGGGACCAGAGCCGUCUUCCUUGACUUCUCAGUCUACAACGGAAAUAUAAAUCUUUUCUGCAUUGCCAGGUUGCUGGUGGAGUUCCCGGCUACCGGAGGGGCUGUGACCUCCUGGCACUUCCAGACGGUGCGUCUGAUCCGAUACGUGUCCAGCUGGGACUACUUUGUGGGCGUGUGUGAGGUGGCCUUCUGCCUCUUCAUCCUCUACUACGUUGUGGAGGAAGUGCUGGAAAUCCACAUCCACCGGCUGCACUACUUCAAGAGCAUGUGGAACUGUCUUGACGUUCUGAUCGUAGCGUUGAGCGUUGUGGCGAUUAUUAUGAACAUAACCAGAACAGCCAUGGCCCGAAACUUGCUGAGUGGGCUGUUGGAGAACUACACAGCUCACCCCAGCUUUGAGCCUCUGGCCAGCCUCCAGGUCCAGUUCAACAACCUGGCAGCUGUUAUUGUGUUUUUCUCUUGGGUCAAGCUGUUCAAGUUCAUCAACUUCAAUAAGACCAUGAGUCAGCUGUCCACCACCAUGUCCCGCUGCGCCAAAGACCUCACAGGGUUCGCCAUCAUGUUCUUCAUCAUCUUCCUGGCGUAUGCUCAGCUCGCCUACUUGGUGUUUGGGACACAAGUCAAUGAUUUCAGCACUUUUCAAGCCAGCAUAUUCACUCAGUUUCGCAUCAUUCUGGGAGACUUUGACUUCUCAGAGAUUAAGGAGUCAAACCCAGUGCUCGGACCUGUUUAUUUUACAACAUUUGUCUUCUUUAUUUUCUUUAUAUUAAUGAACAUGUUCCUGGCUAUCAUCAAUGACACCUACUCUGAGGUGAAGGCAGACAUGUCUCAGCAGAGGUGUGAGAUGGAAAUGACCGACCUCCUCAAGAAGGGCUGCAACAAAGCUUUGAUGAAGUUAAGACUGAAGAAAACGCCGGUGGACGAAAUCUCCAGUGGUUUGCAACAAGCGAGCAGUAAAAUGAACUUUGAUGAGCUGCGUCAGGAUCUAAAAGGAAAAGGCCACACAGACGCAGAGAUUCAGGCCAUCUUUGCUAAAUACGAUCAGGACGGCGACCCGGAGCUGACGGAGCACGAACACCAGCAGAUGAGAGACGACUUGGAGAAAGAGAGAGAGGACUUGGAGCUGGAGCGAAAUUCGCUGACGCGACCCAGCAGCGGGCGCAGCUUCCCUCGCACGCAGGACGACUCGGAGGAGGACGAUGACGAAGACUCGGGUCACAGUUCCCGUCGGCGCGGCAGCAGCUCAGGCGGCGUCUCAUACGAAGAGUUUCAAGUUCUGGUGAGGCGAGUGGACCGGAUGGAGCACUCCAUCGGCAGCAUCGUGUCGAAGAUCGACGCCGUCAUAGUGAAGCUGGAGGGAAUGGAGCGAGCUAAGCUGAAAAGAAGAGACGUGUUGGGCCGGCUGCUGGACGGAGUCAUGGAGGACGAGCGUUUGGGCCGCGACACGGACGUCCACAGGGAGCAGACGGAGCGACUGGUGAGGGAGGAGCUGGAGCGCUGGGAGUCAGACGACUUGGGUUCGCAGGUCAGCCACACUCCGGUCGGCCCGCGGGCCCGUCCGCCGUCCUCCCUGUCUGUGGACGGCCUUGAUGUCAGCUCAAACGGAGCCGUCCACGUCUAAACACCCAACAAGUUCAGAAUUACCCCGAUCCGGAAGGACACUACUGGGAAAACUCCUAGAAUAUAUAAAAAAAAAAAAAAACAUGGAGAUUUUUCAGAGAAAAUUUGCUCCUGAAGGUUUUUAAUUUGCUAGAGACAGAAUCUGUCCAAUCAAAAAGCUUUAUCCUGAUGAGAGAAGAUGAUGAAGAUGAAGUCUAACUGCAGGCAUAUUCUGUGUAUGAAAAAUACCCACCUGCUUUUUAACGCUGCAGCCACACAUCACAGUUACACAACACGUCAUAUUUACUCAACCUCUGCUCAUCACCUAAGCUUUGAGUUAAUCAGCUUAUGAUUUCAUUAUGAUACAUAUUGUAACUUAAAACAAACUUCAACUUGGAGUGCGAACAGUGUUCACAGGAAGCCUGUGCAUUUAUUUUUAUUGCCUUAAAAUCUCUCUUGAUUGACAAUCUUUUUGUUUUUAAUCUGUUUUGCCAAAUAAAUCUUAAGAAA